ACCUGUCGGAUCGGACGUCCGUUCGCCCUAGAAAUUUCCAACACAGGAAUGGCUGACGGAUAACCCAAUACCUACGUGACAGUCCACUUUCAAAUCCGCACUUACUAUUCUAAAUUGUCCUACAAUUAUUACUGACCAUAGGAAUCUGAGAAUCAUAACCGAUCCAAUAUGACUAGCGGCUCGCCUUCGGAGUCAGCAAGUUCGAAUACUGCCGUAGGACAGGAUGUCCCCUGUCAAGCAAAGACGAAGGACCAGAUGACAAGCUCGACUCUCGAAUUGCCAAGCAUUGAAUUAGCAUCGCAGACAGAGGUCGGCGUCCAAGAAGAAGAACAAGGAAAGGAAAAAGAAGAAGAAAAAGAAAAGGAGCCCUCAACCGACAAGCCCGAAGAUGAGCAGCUAAAUAUAUCCGGGCUUCAGCGCGCCCUGAUUAUCGCGCCUGUCACCCUCAUCUACUUCCUCGUCAUGCUCGACAGUUCCAUUAUCUCUACGGCAAUCCCGCAGAUCACUGACGACUUCGACUCCGUGCUUGACAUAGGAUGGUACGGCAGCGCGUACCAGCUCGCUAGCUCGGCGUUUGUGCCGCUGGCGGGCAAGAUCUAUACUUUUUUCCCUACGAAGUGGUCCUUCCUCGUCUUCUUCGCCAUCUUCGAGAUGGGAUCGGCGCUGUGCGGCGCCGCGCAGUCGUCACCCAUGCUCAUUGUUGGGCGUGCCAUUGCCGGCUUGGGAGGAUCGGGGCUGAUGAACGGCAUCCUGACCAUCCUGUCAUCCAUCCUUCCACCGGAGAGGCUACCGCGGGUCAUGGGCCUCAACGUGUCACUUGGUCAGGUGGGCAUGGCGUGUGGCCCGCUCAUCGGCGGCGCCUUGACGCAGUACGCCACUUGGCGUUGGUGUUUCUACAUCAAUUUGCCCAUUGGCGCCGCGGUCGGGGGACUCCUGAUACUGCUCAGAAUCCCGGAGGUGAGGGCCAAGCCGCCCGUGCGCGAAGUGCUCGGUAAGGCAGUGUCGAAGAUGGACCUGACCGGGCUAGUUCUGCUGUGGCCCGCGGCCAUCAUGUUCUUCCUCGCACUGCAGUGGGGUGGGAACCGGUUCGCGUGGGGCAGCGCCACGGUGAUCGGGCUGUUUGUUGGCGCUGCCGCAAUGUUUGCCAUCUUUCUAGCUUGGGAGUACAGCCGUGGUGACGACGCGCUGCUGCCGUUCUCGAUGCUGCGAGUGCGAGUUAUCUACUCGGCCUCGGCAACCAUGUUCUUCUUCAUGGGAGCCAUGUUCCUCCAACACUACUACUUGCCCAUCUAUUUCCAGGCUGUCAAGGGUGACGAUCCAUUUAUGAGCGGUGUGCACAUUCUGCCGACCAUCAUCAGCCAGGUCAUUCUUGCCAUGUCGGCGGGGGCGCUUAUCCAAAAGCUAGGCUACUAUCUUCCCUGGGCACUUUCAGGGACGGCCCUUGACACUAUCGCCUACGGUCUCUAUUCCACACUAAGCCCCACAACUCCGGUUGGAAACUGGAUAGGUUACCAAAUUCUCGGUGGCGUGGGAAACGGCGCCGCUGCGUCCAGCGUACGUGUCCAGUCUCCUACAUAGCCAUCCAAAACACCGUACCGCGAGCCUCCAUCCCCACGGCCAUGGCAAUCCUUAUCUUAUGCCAGAACCUCGGCGCGGCCGUUUUCCUGACGAUGGGACAGGCCAUCUUUAGCAACAGCCUCACCGCGGCCAUCACUAGGGAUGCGCCGGGGGUUAGCACCAAGGCGGUGCUCGCGGGCGGGGCACGAGAGAUUCAAAAGCUGGUAUCUGCGGAGCAGCUGCCUGCGGUUCUGCGGGCGUACGGCAAAGCUAUAGAUGCGGUGAUGUAUCUGGGGAUUGGACUCGGGGGUUUGGCAUUUGUGUGUGCGUGGGGGUUGGGGUGGAAAGACA